UGUGUGUGAUCUCUGUGUGUGUGAUCUCUGAACGUGGUGUGUGCUGAGUGGUGUGUGAGAUGAGUGGUGUGUGGGAGGAGCGGAGGAGCGGAGGGGCGGGAGGAGGCGCCGGGAGGAGGCGGAGUGAGACUUAGAAAAGAAGAACCCCACACUAAGAUGUGGGGAAUAAGUGUGGUGGUGCAACUGCAUGACACUGGGCACUAGGCUUGAAAGUUUAGCAAUCUUGAGGCCCGAAAUGCACUCGCAACAAUUGCUUGUAGAGUGCCAAAUGUUGGACCCCCCACGUCAUGAGUCCAGAACUUUGCGCUGGCUUUGCAAGGUCAACAGGCUUGGGAUAGCGAGGGCAGUCUGAUGAGAAUCCUCACGUGCACUGCAGUACAAGAAGGCUUUGCCAAUUGAAGAGUUAAAUCGCAAGCUGUAUUUUGUGUGUUUUUAGUCGAGUCCUGCGAAUUCUGUAGGCGAAGAACUGUGUAUUGACUACAUUGACUUGCGUCAGAGCCGGCAGCAGCGGCAGCUUGAGCUACGUCCAACAUUCAGAAUGCAGGGGCGUGAACCAAAAAUGACAUUGUUGCUCGCUUUUCCAAGAAAAUGAUAGUAUUUGUAGGGACUGUAGUGAGAUGUUCCGGGUCUACGAAUGUAUGCCGCGGUGCAUAGAACUGCAAAACAUCUGAUCGUCCAAGUUCCAAAGCCGUUUUCAACUUGCAUGGAUGCGUUGCACUGGACUUACGCAUGUUUUACUUUAUUGGUUUUCCAGGUGUGAAAUAUCACUUUGACUGCUGCUGCCCAGCGUGUAUUGAGCCCAACGAAGUCAGCGACCAGCGAAGGAUUGACAUGAGAAAAUUUGAUCGAGAGAUCGACAAAGCCUCACCGCAAGAGUGCCUUCAGUUGGUUGAAGACAUUCUUCAGCUCUACGAUGACGAAGACGUGCAACUGCAAGCAUUGAGAGGUCGCGCUUGCCUUGAUGCCUGCGCAGCCUGUGCUCGCCUGCGAGAUGACAGAGCUCUUCGACACUGGGCACAGCCGGCACAGCAGCACUACACAUGGGGCCUAGGACCCUUACAUGCGCUGACGCGGAAAGCUGCAAGCUAUGCCUCAGCUCCGCAGCGCCAUCAAUUGUGGUAAAAUAAAGCCGAGAUGACUUGGUGAUACAGCGAAUACCUUGCGUAUAGGCAAACAGUUUCAUUGUUCAAACGUGCUUUGUAUUACAAGCAGGACCAUGUGCAACAGCUUGGUGCGCCAAAAAGCUUGCCGAGACACCGAGACUUAGCUGCCUUUGGGGUG